GCGUUUUCUCGUGUAAAUUUAUCGGCAUCAGCCAUUUUUCAAGUGGCAUGGAAGUAUAGAUUUAGAAAUAAAAAUAAAGAUAUAAAUUUAUUUAAAUUGUAGUAUAAUAGAAACGUUUAAAAAUGGCUGGUGGCGGCACGUCCACUGGUACGAAAGUGGUGCAAAUAACCAAUAUUGCACCGCAAGCUACAAAGGAUCAAAUGCAAAGUUUGUUUGGAAAUAUCGGCAAAAUUGACGAGAUAAGACUAUACCCAACUGUACGUGAUGUAUCGUGUCCGGUGCAAUCUCGUAUAUGCUAUGUAAAAUAUUUUGAAAGUAGUUGUGUUGCAGUUGCCCAGCACUUAACAAAUACUGUAUUUAUUGAUCGUGCACUUAUUGUAAUACCAGUACAAUCAAUUCCAGAAGAAUAUCGUGCUUUAGAAAUGUCAAAAAACGGCACUAUUGUUCCUGGUUUACAAAAAGCCGAUUCUAAACUACCACCAGAAGUAGUUAAUCGUUUGGAAGGACAAACACCCCAACAGGUUGUAAUGACAUACGAUCCCAAAUUAGAGGAACAUAAUUUGCCACCUUAUCCAGCUUUACCAGCACAUUUAGAUAGCCGUAAAAUAGAAGAAAUACGAAGAACAAUUUUGGUUGUUGAUGUUCGUGAUGAAUGGAGACUAGAUGAUUUAAUGGAAUAUUUUUCUCGUGCGGGUGAAGUAAAAUAUGCCAGAUGGGCUGAAAAGGAUGGAAAAACCCAUUGUAUGAUAGAAUUCUGUCAGCAAAGAAGUGUAAUUGAGGCACUGAAAUUACAAGGAAGUGAAUUCAGAAGUGGCUAUUUAAAUAUAUACCAUUCAACAGAAGCCAUUGCCAAGCCUGAAGCUAAAAGUAAUGAAGCUGCUCAAAAAGAAAUUGAAGAAGCCAUGACUUUGGUUAAAGAAGCACAAAGCAUGAUAUCAGCAGCUAUAGAUCCUGUAAUUGGAAUGCUGGCUAAGGACAAAAGAAGGCAUGGAUCUCGUUCCAGAUCAAGAUCAAGGUCUAGGUCAAAACGAUCACGUUCUAGAAGAAAAAGUCGUUCAAGGUCCAGAGGUUCAAGAAGAAAAAGUAGAUCACGAUCGAGGACGUCAAGAAGAAAAAGUCGUUCAAGAUCCCGUGGAUCACGUCGCCGUAGUCGGUCCAGAUCGAAAGGCUCAAGACGAAAAAGUCGAUCCAGAUCAAGAGGAUCUCGACGAAAAAGUCGUUCACGAUCAAGAGACCGUAGACGAAGUUCUCGAUCACGUCGUCGGAGUCAUUCACGUUCAAGACGUUCAAGAUCUCGUGAUCGUAAAAAAUCACAUCGCAGUAAAGAUGAACGAAGAAGAUCACGUUCUCGUAGUAAACGUCGUUCAUCAUCUCGUGGUCGUAGCAGUCAUUCUAAAGAUACAAAAUCAAGCUCCUCUAGAAGACGAUCUCGUACUCCAAAAAUGCGAAAAAUUGCUGAAGAAUCUAUAAUACGUGACUAUGACGCUGAAGAAAAAAUUGGAUAUAACGAUGAUAAGAAACGCUCACCAAGUGUAGAAAAAUCAGAUAAUAUGGACAUUUCUAAUUCACCAUAAAUCUAGAUUUUAUUUUCUUUACAUAAAAUUUUUCUUUAAAGAAUAAAAAUAUUAUUGAAUUCUCAAAUUUAAAAUAUAAAAAUAAAAAAGUAUAGAUAAAAUGGUUACUUUGUAAGUGAUUAAAACUUAAAUGAAAAUGACGUGUUUAAUUCUGAUUUUUUCAAUAAAGUCAAACA